AUGGCGCCGGGGAAGAAUCUCGAGCCGUCGGUUCACUCGGUAGAUGAAGUGCUUGAGGACGGAGAGGAGAUAGAUGGUGGUGUGAGGCUUAUGUAUUUGUCUAAUGAAGCUCUACACGUGGCGGCUUGUCAGGGUUUGAAGGAUGUUGUUGAGCUUCUUCUUGAUAGGGAAGCUGAAGUUGAUCCUAAAGAUCGUUGGGGAAGCACUCCACUUGCAGAUGCGAUAUUUCAUAAGAAUUUUGAUGUAAUUAAGAUUCUUGAGAUGCAUGGAGCUAAACAUCCGAUGGCUCCAAUACAUGUGAAUACUCCUUGUGAAGUUCCUGAAUAUGAAAUUAAUCCUAGUGAGCUUGAUUUCACUCAAAGCAAAGAGAUCACAAAGGGAACUUACUGUAUGGCAAUGUGGCGUGGCAUUCAAGUUGCCGUGAAAAAGCUUGAUGAUAAAGUUUUAAGCGAUCAUGAUCAAGUGAGGAAGUUCCAUGACGAGCUUGCUUUGCUCCAAAGGCUUAGGCAUCCAAACAUUGUUCAUUUUCUUGGUGCUGUAACUCAAAGCAAUCCAAUGAUGAUUGUUACUGAAUACUUGCCUAGGGGGGAUUUGCGUGAAUUGCUCAAAAGGAAAGGACAACUAAAACCAGCUACUGCUGUUAGAUAUGCCCUUGACAUCGCAAGGGGAAUGAGCUACCUUCAUGAGAUUAAAGGAGACCCUAUUAUCCACCGAGAUCUUGAACCUUUAAACAUAUUGAGAGAUGAUUCAGGGCAUUUGAAAGUUGCAGAUUUUGGAGUAAGCAAGCUUGUUACUGUUAAAGAAGACAAGCCUUUCACAUGUCUAGACACUUCUUUGGAGUCAAGAAGAGACGAUGGAGUAACAAGUCCAUGUGAAGUGAUUUUGUUUCACCAUGAAGACAUGGGGAUACCAAGGGAGAUUGCAAAGCUUGGAGUGAGACGAGGAAUCUUGGGAGCAGUGAAGAAGAUGGAACUUCAAUUUUGUUUGAAACAAUUUUGUUUAGAGACCCAAAAUGAGGUUGUGGGAUAA